AUGGCCAGAAAGAUCAAGAAAACUCGGAAACCUCGCGUUCCUACGGCUCCUAUAACACCCGUUACAAGCUGCCUUCGAGGCGUCAUGCCAACUGCCGGACUGAGAUAUCAAUCUGAGAAACAACUGAUGUACGACGUACGCCGUGAUGCACAAGUCGCCAAUUCACUUGAAUCAACGGGCUGCCAAAUGGUGCGCCGGUCCGUUGCUCAAACUUUGGCUGAUAUGUUCCGUGUCGCCAGCCCCAUUGUCCGCACGGCGCAUAUGAAAGGCGUCGACCUCUGGGAUAUUCUUCCCCUCGUCCAACGCGAGAUUAACUGGGCACGGCUACUCCCAGAAGCCACAUUCUUCGAACUCUUCACAUGUCUGAUAGGAGCCCGCCAGCAUUGGCUAAAGAAUAUACACUCUCCUCCCCGAUCUCGCGAGAGUGACCGAUUUAUACAUGAGAUAGACGCAUUUCGCCGAAACGUCGGUGAUGCCCCCAAGGACGCGAAUCAUCGUCGCGAAGAGCACACUUCAUGGAUUCUCAUUGACGCAGUCCUUUUCAAUGAGUUGGCUGGCGGCCUCGAUAUUGACGAGAACACCGAAGCACACGUUGAAAGACAAGACGCCGCCGAUCUUAAGAGAUCGAGUGAAGGUAGACGCACCCCGUGCGGGAAUGGGGCUACCACAAAGCCCGUCAAGCCUUUGAAGCGGAAAAGGGCACAGGGCGCCGAGCCGAGAAAAGGGGCGAAGCGACAGCAACAAGAUUCUUCUUCUUCGCCGAAACGUUUCUCCAGCUUACGAAUUGAAUGA